GCCGCCGCCUCACAGGCAACAGGUCGCCGGAGCGUCCCGGCCCGGUCCCGGUCCCGGUCCCGCCGCCCCAGCCCGGCCAUGCCGCUGCGGCUGGCGCUCUGCCUGCUCGCCCUCUGCAGCCCCCCCGCCGCCGCCGCCGCCGCGCACGGUGGGAUCUGCUGGCUGCAGCAGGGGAAGGAGGCCAAGUGCACCAUGAUCCUGAAGACGGGCGUGACGUGGGAGGAAUGCUGUGCCAAUGGCAACGUGGACGUCGCCUGGUCUAACUACACCUACCCAGGCAACAAGAUCAGCCUGCUGGGCUUCCUGGGGCUGGUGACCUGCCACCCAUGCAAAGAGAGCUGCGAGGGGGUGGUGUGCGGCCCCGACAAGGUCUGCAAGAUGAAGCACGGGCGUCCCCAGUGCGCCUGUGCCCCCGACUGCUCCAGCCUGCCCCGCAAGCUGCAGGUCUGCGGCUCUGACGGCUACACCUACCGCGACGAGUGCGACCUGCUGACGGCCAAGUGCAGGGACCACCCCGACCUCGAAGUCAUGUACCAGGGCAAAUGCAAAAAGUCCUGCUCCAGCGUGGUGUGCCCCGGCACCCACACGUGCGUGGUGGACCAGACGGGCAGCGCCCACUGCGUGAUGUGCCGGACGGCGCCUUGCCCCGAGCCCACCAGCCUGGACCAUGCCCUCUGCGGCAACAACAACAUCACCUACCCCUCAGCGUGCCACCUCCGGCGGGCCACUUGCCACCGCGGCCGCUCCAUCGGCGUGCGCCACUACGGGAGCUGCUCGGCUGCGGCCAAAUUCUCCCCGGAGACGGACAACGUGGAAGAGAACUACGUGUGAAUCCUCCCUCGCCACGAGGCCGGACCCAGGAGACAGGGGCAUUAUGUGUAUAUUGUACAAACCAUAUACCUGAUAUUUAUUAAGAUAAAACCUUCCUUUAUUUAUACCUGUGUAUGUUAUGCAGUCGCAGGGGAGCAGGGCAGGGGGCUCCCGGAGCAAUUCCGAGCCACCUUGGGGAUGCUCCGGUGCCUGUGGGGGUGUCGGUGCUGCCGUGCAUUGAGCCCCCCCCUCGUGUCCUUGGCCGCCAGCCCUGGGCCUAUUUAUUUUUGGAUGGAAUUCGCAGUACUGUGCUGACGUUCCUGGCCGGGACCUUGAGGUCCAGAGGGAAUCUGUGCUUUCGCCUUCCCCAGCUGCCAGUGGCAGGAAGGGCAGCACGGUGCUGCAGAGGAUUGGAGAUGGGUCAAUAUGUAUUUAUAUACAUAUAUAUACGUGUGUAUAUAUAUAUGUGUAUGUAAUUUCCUCCUAAGGUUUUAGUUGAAGUUGAAGUUUUCCUGGUCCCCUCCAGCCCAGGCUCCCUCCCAUCACUGGAGGUGAUGCUGGUGCGAUGGUGGCCAUGCAGCACUGCCCACCAUGGGCCAUGGCAGCCCUGACUGGCGGGCACGACUGUCCCCUUGAGCUCCCCACCACUGCAGUGCCCUCACCCACAGCCCAUCACCCGGCUCCCGUCUGCCCAGAGCCCUCUUCAUCCCUCCUUCCAUCCCUCCCAGGACAGUGCUCAGCUCCCAGCCCCACUGCAGAGCUGCUGUGGGGUGGCCGUGGGGAGCAUGGCUUGGCAGAGGGGGACAGGAGGGGAUGGUGGCCCUGCCUGGCAUCCCCCCGGACACCCCCUGCUCUGUUGACUGCUCUGUCAACACCCUCUGUAUUUAUUUUUACUACUUCUCUCAAGUUGCGUGUUGUCACCUGUGUAAAUAACAUCUCAUCUCUGACACUGAAAAGCUAUUGCCUUUAUAUAAAUAUCAUAUAUAUAUUUUAUAUAUAUAUAAAAAAAAGUACCAUAUUUUCUAUUUUUGUAUGGUUGCGUUCCGAUUCCUGCAGCAGACGCUCUGGGAACACCCCCAUUUCCUACUCGGCAGUGUUAGGGGCAUUUUACAGCUGUGUUACAAUUUGGAUUAUCAUUAAAACCCAGAAUAAACGGU